AUUCGCGACUUCGCCCCGGUCGGCCGCGAUAAUGUGAACUGUUGAUCCUCUUCGCUCACGACGCUGUUUAUCCUUUACGGCAUGGUGUAAAGAGUGUGCAAAACUAUCAGCAAUAUGAGCUUUUUUAACUCCUUGCAAGAAUAUGUCAGCAAUAGCGUGGCCGGACUCAGCUUAAGCCCCAAAAGAUUUUCCUUGAGUAGAACUGACACGGCGGAAACAACCAACACUGGAAUUCCCACGGGAUCACGCAGCAAUUCAGGUGAUAGCAAUACUCCCGGUUUCCCGAAAGUUUUGCCAGCUCCUGGCGCCAGUGCUCUGGUCCAAAGACGUAGAAGCACUUUGGAAUGUUUAGUUCCUGCACCACCUGUUCGUCGGCCCGGUUCUUUCAGACAAAGAUCUCCUAAGGCCACUCCAGACAAAAGGCCAUCUUUCUGCAGUAGACGGUUGAGUUGGCCGGACAUCGAUCAUCAGGUUCGUUCGGGAGUUCAAGAAAUUGACGGGUCUUAUUUCGAAAGCUUCACAGCGCUAGCAUGGAAACAAGAAAAUCAACGACAAACUGUGCUGAAAGCGGCCGAAGUCUCCGCUUCGGAUCCUCCGCCUCAAGAAGGAGAUUUAGGCAUUGUACCGAUUGACUACACGGCUCCGCAAAAUGAGAAAGACAAGCUGUACGUCGAAAUGCUUUACACCAUCGCUAACACGGUCGGAGCACCAGCCCCAGGAGGCCAAUAUGCACACUAUAAAGAAGAUCUCUACCUGUACGGUCAAAGGGCAUUCGCGAUGCCACCAGAUCGCCAUUACCGCAUGCUGCACCUAGCAGGAGAAGAGAAACCGCCGAUCGUCGUCCUUAGCGUUGUAGUCAUAGAAGCCGAAGGACUGGAAGCCAAAGAUGCCAAUGGUUUCAGUGACCCGUACUGCAUGCUCGGAAUUCAACCGAUGGCAGCACCGUCCUCUCCUCAACCUCAGCCUCUCACCCCUAAUCGCACCCUGUCGGAUGCCUGCGCUCCUGACAUUCAGGGCAAUCAUGAGAAGUUGCGGAAACACCACAGCUUCAAGUUGAGCUUCAAACGAAAAGACGGACGAGUUAGAGAACAACGGGACAGCAUCGUCGGUGCACUGCCAGCCAAGUUCAUAAGAGCCACUUCCGUCAAACCCCACACGCUCAACCCCAAAUGGAACGAGAAGUUCAGAUUCGACAUAGACGACAUCAACAGCGACUCCUUACACCUCGACAUAUGGGACCAUGACGACGAAAGUUCAGUUUUAGAAGCAGUCAGCAAACUAAACGAGGUUCGAGGAGUACGAGGUUUAGGCAGAUUUUUCAAACAAGUUUGCCAGUCUGCCAGGCAAAGUUCGCAAGACGAUUUUCUCGGCUGUGUUACCAUACCCCUCCAAGAUAUUCCGUCUACGGGUUUAGAAGGCUGGUUUAAGCUGGAAGCUAGAUCCCAGCGAAGUUCAGUUCAGGGCAGGAUUCGCCUCAAGAUGUGGCUGUCGACCAGGGAGAACAGGAGCGCCUCGGAGGAGGAUAACUGGACUGAACUGUCCCAGCAUGAGAACCUUUAUGCCACAUUUGUCGACUACGAGCUGAAGAACUGGAAUAGGGAGACCUGGACUUGGAGCGGGGAUUUGCCAGGACCUGCUUUGACGAUUCUGCAUCAGCAUGCUGUUCAAGGAGAUUUGACGGAGCUGCAGACUGCCUUAGCACGCUUUGUGGCCGCAUGCAGGGUCUAUCUGAAGUAUCCCCUGGAUCCCCGCUGGAUGCUCCAAUUAUUGACAGACAUCGAAAGCGCCUGGAUGAACUUCACUCUUACCAGAGAAGAAGAAAUGUGGCUGGCUGAGAAAUUCACCGCGAUGCAAGAGAGAUGGUUGCAACAGUUGCGUCAUCACCGCCAGUUGUUUCCGGCUCUUCAUCCCCCGUCUUUAGUUCGUCUUGAAUACGUUCUACGAUGCCUUGCUUACAUGUCCAAUAUGAAAGCAUUCUGGAAAUGUUGCCCUUUCAAUAAGGAAAUUCGCGGUGAGAUAGUGGCAACACUCCGUAAGGGAACGCCUGAAUGGUUUCAAAGCCUGAAAUCGUCCGUUAUGACAUCGGAUGAGUACGAUAGCUCUUUCGUUGACUUUUGCUCCGAAGUUUAUGUACAUUUACAACACGGACUAUCUCAUUACCAUCCGCUUUUUGAAGGCACGAAUGGGAUUCCGUACUUUAGUGUGGUGUUUAAACAGCUAGAUAAGUUAAUGUCAGACGAAGUAAUCUCAUUCUUGAACCAGAAUGAACAUCCAGACGCGGCUUACAGCAGGCUAAUCUUCUCUGUUUAUUUAGAAGUCAAAGACUUGGCUACAUUUCAUCAGAACUUGCCCUCUGGUGGCGACCAUAAACUAUUACUAGUUCGUUGUCACGAAUGGUUCGAACCUUCAGUGAGUUGCUGGUUGAUCGUUUGCAAAGCGAAAGCUCUGCAGAGGGUGCGAACAUCGGUAGAACUUCAAAAGCCGUGCGAAGGAGACAAAUUAGUGAAACACAGUUCCUCAGCAGUGGAUGUUGUAGCAAUGUUUUGUCAAUUAAGGGACUUCUGGAGACUUCUGCAAUGGCCUAAGGCGCAUUCAAUACCCUUACUAUCGCAACUUCUCGACUGUGUAUGUUCGGCGGCGUUGCUGUACGCAGACAUCACUUACCAGGGUUUGAUGGAAACGGGAUACUUUGACAGGAUGGGACCUUUUAAAAUUUGUGACGAAAUGUGCAUAGCUUCGAAUAAUUUGGAAUAUGUUUAUAAAUUCGUUUCGUUAUUAGAAAAUUACUUCGACUUCGUGACAUUAGAAACAAUAGCUUCGGAAGUGCAGUGCGCUACAUUAACCAACCAAUUAGAUAGCACACUAAGUCAAUUUCAAGUGAGAAUCAUGGAUAUUAUAAAGCGAGUGGGACCUCAGAUGCAAGAAGCUCUCAGAAAGGCUAUGUUUCAUGUCGCUUGGUCACCUGAUACUUUGCCGACUAGUCAGGCUGUAGAGCCUCUCUUCGAAUAUUUGCAUACACAUUUACAUGCACUCAACUUGUACCUGUUGCCUCAGAACUUCCAGAAAGUUCUAUACGACGUUUGGGAGUACACCCUAGCUGAACUAAACCAUCAAAUGGACGGCACUACCACCAACGAUGAAAUGCCGCCAAUGUUUCACGAGCGACUGCAUGCAGCUCUUGAACUGAUGGUGGACUUUUUCCACUGCGAAGGGAAUGCACUUAGCUUGGAAAGUUUGCAUUCAGCGGCUUUUUGUCAAAUUGAACAAAGGCUGCAGUAUCACAGAACAGACACGGAAAGUCUUGUAGAAAUCUUCUAUAACCAGCGACUCCAGGAACAAAUAAAUACAACUAGCAGUCCGUAUGGAAAUCUUGCUGUACGGGCUUACUUUAAUCAUGAUUCGCUUUGUGUGGAGGUUCUCCACGCAAGAGACAUCAUACCUUUGGAUCCAAACGGCUUCAGCGACCCUUUUGUCAUAAUCGAACUUUUGCCACACCGGGUUUUCCCUCACUGCAACGAACAGCAAACCAAUGUACACAAAAAGACCCUUCAUCCAAUAUUUGACGAGUGCUUUGAAUUCAGCGUAUCGCUAGAACAGUGCCGUUCUCUUGGGGCCAUGAUUGCCUUCACAGUGAUGGAUCAUGAUGUCCUCACUGCUAACGAUUUCGCGGGGGAAGCUUUCUUGGCUUUAGGAAGCAUACCAGGUGUUGCCGAUACCACUGGUGUAGACAAUUUCCAUGGACUUAAACCCGUUGAUUUGGUUCUUAUGCAACAACACCAAAAAAAUCAUCCCGUUCUACAGAUAUUAGAAUCUAGAGUCGCUGAUCGUUUAGCUGUCGAAUUUGUACGAAAACAAAAACAAAGAUUCGCAAACAAAUAACCAAAGUAAAAAUAUAGUGUAAUAUAAUGUUUUGUACAUCUUUCUUCCUACGAAAU